CGAGAACGCGGACGCCCCGCCUCCCCGCGGCGUUCAAGAGGCAACCCGGUCGGGCGCCCCUCCCUCGCGAGCGCGGCUCGGCGCGCCAUGGCCGGCCGCUCGAGGGACCCGCCGCUUCAGCAGCCGCCCGGCGACACAAUCACUUCCGGUUUCUCUUCCCCCAACCCCCCAGCAGCAGCAGCAACAGCGGCGGCUCAGGAGGUCAGACCUGCCACGGAUGGUGGUAGCAGCAGCAGCUCUUCCUCCUCCUCCUCUUCCUCCUCCUCCACCUCCAAGAAGAGAAAGCUGAACAGCAAUAGCAACAGCGGCGAGAGAGAAGACGUCGUCGACUCCAUCUCCUCCUCCUGUGCCUCCCUCCUGUCGCGCAACAGCGGCUCCUCCUUGCCCGCUCUCAUUAUCACCGCCUCCACGGCCUCCUGUUCUUCCUCCUCCUCCUCUUCCUCAGGGCUCGCUUCUUCUUCCAACCACCACCUGCAGAAGAAGCUCCGUUUCGAGGACUCCUUGGAUUUUAUCGGACUGGAUGUGAAGAUGGCCGAGGAGUCGUCCUCUUCGUCGUCGUCCUCGUCGCCGGCUGCGUCUUCGCAGCAGCACCAGCAGCUCAAAAACAAAAGCCUCUUAAUCUCCUCAGUGGCGGUGGGACACCACGCCAACGGCCUGACCAAAGCUGCCUCCUCCACUGUCUCCAGUUUUGCAAACAGUAAACCUGGGUCAGCCAAGAAGUUAGUGAUCAAGAACUUUAAAGAUAAACCUAAACUGCCUGAAAAUUAUACGGAUGAAACCUGGCAAAAACUGAAAGAAGCUGUAGAAGCGAUUCAGAACAGUACUUCAAUUAAAUACAACUUAGAAGAGCUUUACCAGGCUGUUGAAAAUCUUUGCUCCUACAAAAUUUCUGCAAAUUUGUACAAGCAGUUAAGGCAGAUUUGUGAAGACCAUAUCAAAGCACAGAUCCAUCAGUUCAGAGAGGAUUCGUUGGACAGUGUUCUUUUUCUUAAGAAAAUAGACAAAUGCUGGCAAGACCAUUGCAGACAGAUGAUAAUGAUUAGAAGUAUCUUCUUGUUCCUGGAUCGAACUUACGUUCUCCAAAAUUCAAUGCUGCCAUCAAUUUGGGAUAUGGGGCUGGAAUUGUUUAGGACUCAUAUAAUUAGCGAUCAGAAAGUCCAGAACAAAACCAUCGAUGGCAUCCUUCUCUUGAUCGAGAGGGAAAGAAACGGAGAGGCUAUUGACCGGAGUCUGCUCCGCAGCCUCCUAAGCAUGCUUUCCGAUUUGCAAAUUUAUCAGGAUUCUUUCGAGCACAGAUUCUUAGAAGAAACUAACCGUCUCUAUGCUGCAGAAGGGCAGCGGCUCAUGCAAGAAAGAGAGGUCCCAGAAUAUCUUCACCAUGUCAAUAAACGCUUGGAAGAAGAGGCAGACAGGAUUAUAACGUACUUGGAUCAAAGCACUCAGAAACCACUAAUCGCCACUGUAGAAAAACAGUUGCUAGGUGAACAUUUAACAUCCAUCCUACAGAAAGGUUUAAAUCAUCUCCUGGAUGAAAAUCGAAUUCAAGAUUUGUCACUACUCUAUCAAUUGUUUAGUCGGGUCAAAAAUGGAGUGCAGGCUCUUUUGCAACAGUGGAUUGAAUACAUAAAGGCAUUUGGUAGCACCAUUGUCAUUAACCCCGAAAAGGACAAAACCAUGGUCCAGGAGCUGUUAGAUUUCAAGGAUAAAGUGGAUCACAUCAUCGACAUCUGUUUCUUGAAAAACGAGAAGUUUGUCAACGCCAUGAAAGAAGCCUUUGAAACGUUCAUCAACAAAAGACCCAAUAAACCAGCUGAACUCAUAGCUAAAUACGUGGAUUCAAAACUUCGUGCGGGCAACAAAGAAGCGACCGAUGAGGAGCUUGAAAAAAUGCUGGAUAAAAUCAUGAUCAUAUUUAGAUUCAUCUACGGAAAAGAUGUUUUUGAGGCCUUUUACAAAAAAGAUCUCGCCAAGCGACUCUUGGUAGGCAAAAGUGCAUCUGUAGAUGCUGAAAAAUCCAUGCUGUCAAAACUCAAACACGAAUGUGGUGCUGCUUUCACCAGCAAACUUGAAGGAAUGUUUAAAGACAUGGAGCUCUCUAAAGAUAUUAUGAUACAGUUUAAGCAAUAUAUGCAAAAUCAGAAUGUACCUGGUAACAUUGAACUCACCGUGAAUAUCUUGACUAUGGGCUACUGGCCUACAUACGUGCCUAUGGAGGUCCAUCUACCAUCAGAGAUGGUGAAGCUGCAGGAAAUAUUUAAGACUUUUUAUCUGGGAAAACACAGUGGCAGGAAACUGCAGUGGCAAUCAACAUUGGGACACUGUGUACUGAAAGCUGAAUUUAAAGAGGGCAAGAAAGAGCUCCAGGUGUCUUUGUUCCAAACUUUAGUGCUACUUAUGUUUAACGAAGGCGAAGAAUUCAGUUUAGAAGAAAUAAAACAAGCCACCGGAAUAGAGGAUGGAGAGCUAAGGAGAACCCUCCAGUCAUUAGCCUGCGGCAAGGCCCGAGUGCUGGCCAAAAGUCCCAAAGGUAAAGACGUAGAAGAUGGAGACAAAUUCACUUGCAAUGACGACUUCAGGCAUAAACUCUUCCGGAUAAAAAUCAACCAGAUCCAGAUGAAAGAAACGGUAGAAGAACAAGCGAGCACUACAGAGAGAGUCUUUCAGGAUCGUCAGUACCAAAUUGACGCAGCAAUUGUGAGAAUCAUGAAAAUGCGCAAGACACUUACCCACAAUCUGCUUGUCUCUGAAGUAUACAACCAGCUGAAAUUCCCAGUAAAGCCUGCUGACCUUAAGAAGAGAAUAGAAUCGUUAAUUGACAGAGACUACAUGGAAAGAGACAAGGAGAAUCCCAAUCAGUACAACUAUAUUGCAUAGACACACCGUGGGCCUUUUUUCCUUUUUCUUUUUUUUUUUUCUUUUCUGCACACUGAUGUUCUUGGUUACUGAUGGAUAAACGAGCCUGUUGAUCCCAUUAAAUUAACCUUUUUUCUACUACCAGUGACUGAAUGAAAGCAACCUCUAAUGGGAUUGCGGGCAAGGGGGGGGGGCGGGAAGAAAUAUAGUCGAGUGGUCGUUUUUUUUUCAGUGGCUUUACAUGCCCGUUUAAAAGAGUAGUAUUUACAUUUUUACGAAGAAUGCUGUUGAACUCUUUGCAUGAUAUUUGGUAUGAACUGCAAAGGAAGAUUGCAAGGAAGUAGCCGGUCUCUGUAAUUCCACCCUUUCCUUCAGGGCUAAAGGGACAAGCCUCUUUUUAGCAACAUUGCUCUCAUCCCAUUUUGGGAAAAAAGGAAAAAAAAACAUAAAACGUGUGGCAUUUUUAUUAAGAAAACAAAAACCCCAAGUUACAACCUUUUUUUUAUAUAUAUUAAAAAAAAAAAGAUGCUUAAACUGCAUGCAAAUUUCCUAACCGCUAUAGUGAAAUUAUUGGGUUUGUUUAUUGGAUAACAAAGCCUGUGUGGAUUGGCAGUCUUCAGAAUGGAAAAGCCGCUCUCGUUUUCCUAAACGUAACAAAAUUCCUCUGUAGGUGUUUAGAAAGAAAAGCACGCCACUGGAUUUUUUUACCCAAGGUUGAGGAAAAAAAGGACCUGGCCUAAAAUGCUUGGAUUUGUGGUGCAAAUAUUACUGUGAAAAAGCUUAAAGGAAUUAGGCUGCUGCUUACUUCCUUCGUCCUCAAGUGUAAGUACUUUUUUUUAAAAAAAAUAAAACAAUUCAUGAUAAUAGUUAAUUCUGAAGAGGGGGGAAAAUUUUAGAGGCUUUCAGAAACUCUUAAUUAAUGAACAACGUCAGGUUGUAAUGUGAUAGCUGCACUGGAUGUUUAUUUUUUGUUCCCCUCCCCACCCCAUGGCAAACUUAAGAGGUUUUAUACUUCUUCUGAAUUGCACGUGUUUUAUUAUUAGACCAAGAAUUGAACAGGUAUUUAUUUAUCAAACAGCGCCUUCCAUCCCCAUCCAGCCGCAGCCAAGUGGAGAGUUGUAGCUUCAAUCAGUGUUUCUCAAACUCGUCAGCUUUAAGAUGUAUAGACUUUGCCAGCUGGGGAGUUCUAGAAGUCGAAGUCCACACAUCUUAAAAGUUGGCCACUUUAAAAAAAAGAAACAUAAAACACUAGUCUAAAUAAUACCUCUGCUGUCUCUUCAAUGAGUCAUGCUGGAUUCGGAGGGGGGCGUGGUAUUUCUGGGCAGGCUGAAUUUACUGAACAAGGUUCCCAUCGUAAUGGUACCCUUUCUCCACCUGGCCCUCUUAGUAUGGGGGCUAUAGGUCCCAGACUUCCCCAGUCAGCUAGCAGGGAAAGUCUUUAAGAGCUGCUUACCAGCUCUUCCAGUGGUGUCUGUGGUGCUCUUCAGGUAGGUACAAUUCUAAGAGAACCUCAAGAUGCUAUUCAAAGAGCAUCCAAACCUACCUUCAUUGCUUUUAAUUUAUAUACAUUAAAUAACGUGAGUUGGUUUUUCCAUUGGAAGUUCCUGCACUGUUUCCCUGAGUGCAUGCAUCCCAUCCAAAAUCCUGUUUUUAAUCAGACGCUUCAAAAACCAGUAUCCAUGUUCAGGAUUCAUCUCUCUGAAAUGCUGAAUCCAGCGCUAAUCAUAACUUGGUCCUUCAGAGCCUGAACUGGCAGGGUUUUUCUUCCAUAACUUGUCCAGCCCAGAAAAUCUCUGGGUUGCAAAUUGAUUCAGACGUUAAGCCACCUUCUCCCUUCCUGGCACAGACCUCCAGUGGAAAUAUUUAGCCAUCCAUGGCCUCUCUUAACCCGGUCAUCUUGAAAAUGAAUAUUUCCUGCCUAAGAGCAACAUUUAAGUACGAGCGUCUGUCUACCUUUCAUGUAAAGCUAGUUUAGCAAGCCAUCUUGCUGGUGCAUCUGUCUGGGAACUCAGGGAGACAAGCAUUCCUCACAGAAAUUGGGUUUUUAAAAAAAACAAAAAACCUUUUCUCCACUCAUCGAGUGAUGCUGGGUUGUUGUUUUUUCUCCCUUAAAGAGACUCUGUGAAAAAGGAGAAAUGUUCAUAGUAAGUCAGUACACCGAAUCCUUUUCCCUAAGUGAUGCUGAAUAAUAGCUAUUUUUUCAGCCAUAUCAGCCAGCAACUUUUCUUUCUGCUGGCAUCAUGUGCCUGCUUUAUGGAGCCAUAAAAAAUAUUUAUAAUAGAUAUGUAUAUAAAAAUUGACUUUUUUUCCCCCAACUGGGGGCUAAAGCAGAGACCCACAGCUUGUAUGGACAUAAAUUUUUAAAAUCUUUUUUUUUCCUGUUGCAUGCAGUUUAUAGCAGCCUUCUUUUGUAUGAAAUCGGAAUUUCUGUUGAUUUUAGUUCGAAGGUUUUUUAACAACAACAAAAACUUUAUAGCCAACAAAAUGAUUUAUUUUUUUUGCCGAUUUACAUUUAAGCGACCACAUGGUUUCAAAACUAAUGGCAAAGGUGUUGUACAAAAUUAUUUGUUCUAUAGUAUACACAAAGGUGCCAAAGUACGCAAUAGUUAAUUUAAAGAAAAUAGACAAUUGUUAACGUUACUUUAGCUGUGGUUUUAUUUACCUUUAUUCAUCAUUCAGAUGCUCAUUUUAUCUGUCUAAUGCGUGCCCCAUUUCUGUGUGUUUAAACGUGUGCUCCUGUCCGAUUUCUCCAAAACGCAAAACAUUUUUGUCUUUCUAGUUUUCUUCAAAAUAAAAUGUGGUUUUGUUGGGGGUUUUUUUUAGGGGUUUUUUUUUUUUUUUGUUUUUUUGGUUUUGUGCAUUGGAAAAAUACCACUUUUACUUUUAGUGACUUCAUAUAUAUAUUUAUAGAUAUAUAGAUAUAUUCAAAAGAACAUCUCCUCCACCUCCCUAAAUGUUUAAAACUCUAAAAGAGUCCAGCAGCAUUCAAAAAUGUAAUAUACUUUUUUGUAUAAACACAUUCUUUGGAAAGAAUUAUCUUUGCAACGGGUGGAGGGAGGGAACAGACAGCAGUGGGAGGGGAAAAAGAAAAUAAUCCUGUUUCUUUGAAGAAGCCACUUCAGUAGGCUAUUUAAGAUUGUGCUUGUUUAUUGCAUAGAAGUGUUCUAUUUACACAGGUCUGCAAAAGAGACAUGUCCGCAUUAAUUCCUUCAAUGCAAAUAAAAAUACCAAAACCCGAAACAAUUUUCAAAACGCUUCAUAAGUAAAAGUUGGAUGGGGUACAGAGAGUCUCUUUGGUAAAUAAUGUAAAUACAUGUCCUUUAAAAAGAGUGAGUCUGUUAUCUAGGUAUUUUGUGUCAUUUAAUAAAUAAUAAACAGUUUUGUGUUGCUAAA